AAAAUAGUCAAAGAGAUAAAUUAAAAUGGAAAACAAGUCGACAAAAGUGAAUUGUCUGAGAUCAAAAAUAUCAGCUCAAAAUAACUCAAUAACAAUCAAAAGCUUAAGUAGACAAGGAGGAGUUAGUCAAAAUUCUUCAAGAAGAAAUAAUCCCAGUCGAUUCAUUAUGUCCAAACAAAGGAAUGCUGAUAUUAGCAUUGUCUUCACUCCUAAAAGAAAUAAGAAACCUAAAAUUAGACUGGGUAAGAAGCCUAGACCAAAAACAAGAGUUCUAGAGCAACAUUUUAGAACAAAAGCUUUUGAAAAAUUAAAGUAAACCCAGUUGUAACGUGAGUAACGAGAAACAGGAGUUCGGGAAUAUUAAAGAAGAGCACAACCUCUCUAUUUUAAAAAUGACACAAUCUCAGAUCAAGUAUAACUCUCUUAUUGAAGGGAGUUCUCCAUUCGAAUCAAGCUCAACCAUUAUGUUUGAGACUGAACCAAGAACUGGCAUAAAGUCCAAAAAUAACUCUCAAUGAAGGAGGGAAAAUAAGACAUUUAUAUCAUUUACAAAGCCAUUAUUAAGCCGUCAAUCAAAAAGACACACUGAAAUACAAGAAGCUCAAUGUAGAAAUUUUGAGAGAAAUAAAUCAGCAAUCAAAAGCCCAUCACGUCGUUCCAAUAAAAUGACAGUGCUUUCUCCUAAUGGAGACCAGCGGAAUUUAGAAAAGCACCGACUAAGGAGCUGAGAUGCUCUAAAUGAUAAAUGUUCACUAAUUUCUUUCACAAAAUCUCCGAAGAGUAAUAAUCAACGAGUGUUUCAGCUUGCUAAUUACCACAAAAUUUCUAAAAAUUGAAAAAUGAUGAUGGUCACAAAAGAGAGAAUCUGGGACUUAAAAGAAAGGCUGAAGUUGCGUGACAGAAAUUUAAACCUAAUGAAAUUUUUCCAGAAGUUAAAGACUCGUGGACACAACCCUCCCAAAAAAUCACUAAGAAUUUCUAAUUUCUAGCCAUGUUAGGAUU